AUGGCCUCCACCGCCAGCCUCUCCUAUGCCAUGAUCUGUCCCUCUUCCCUCCGUUGCCAGUCCGUCACAGGCCUACACUCCUUUCCUAACUCUACGCAGUCUCUUUUCGGCCUCAAGCCCCAGAAAAGUUGUCAUCUUACAAUGGUUGCAUACAAAUUGAAGAAGUAUAUUGACGAUGUCAAAGACCCUGGUCCUAGUGGCAAGCCUUAUUCUGCUAAAUACAUUAGAAACUUGGUCGGAGACUUCUACCAGACACUGCUAUAUGGUGGAAUCUACGGUUAUCUCAGAAACAAAAAGAGCAAAAAUGGUAAGCUGAGGCUCCUGUAUGAGUGUGCACCGAUGAGCUUUAUUGUGGAACAAGCUGGUGGAAAAGGAUCUGCUGGGGUUUGGAUCUAA